ACAUCGAUAAAAAUCCCUGUCGAUAGUCACUGGUCAUCAACCAAAAUUGGAGAAAACAUCCGACGCUGCUCUUUGAAGAGUUGUGUUCAUCGCCUCAUUUUGCAGUGAAAUGUUCGACCCAACAGAUCAUCAACACCGCCGUUACAAUCCACUGAACGGGCAGUGGGUGCUGGUGAGUCCGCAUCGCAUGAAGCGGCCCUGGUCGGGCCAGGAAGAAAAUCCCCAGCCAGAGAAUCUUUCCUCGUUUGAUCCAACGAACCCGCUGUGUCCGGGAGUGAUCCGCCCGAAUGGAACCAAAAAUCCCAUCUACGAGUCAACGUUCGUGUUUACGAACGACUUUCCGGCCCUGCUGGAGCAGGUACCGGAGCCCCCGUCCAGCGAUGAUCCGCUGUUCCAGAUAGCACCGGCGCAGGGCACCUGCCGGGUGAUGUGCUUCCAUCCGAAGUCUAACAAAACGCUACCACUGAUGACACCCAAGGAGAUACGCAACGUUAUUGAUGCGUGGAUCGCGGAAUUCCGAACGCUGGCGCAGCGGUACCAAUGGGUGCAGAUUUUCGAAAACAAGGGUGCAACGAUGGGAUGCUCGAACCCGCAUCCACACUGCCAGAUCUGGGCCUGCUCGUUUCUGCCGAAUGAGCCGAAGAUUAAGGAUGAUAUGUUGCGCCAGUACUACGCAGCUCAUGGAACGGCUCUGCUGGAUGAUUACGUGAACCGCGAAUUGAUUAAGAGGGAGCGAAUUGUCAUCGAGAAUCCGGACUGGCUGGUGGUGGUUCCGUUCUGGGCAGUGUGGCCGUUCGAAACGAUGUUAAUUUCGCGAAAUCAGAACAAGCGCAUCUCCGACCUAACUUUGCCGCAGAUCAACAGUCUAGCGAUCGUGAUCAAGGAGCUGACCACCAAGUACGACAAUCUCUUCAAGUGCUCGUUUCCGUACAGCAUGGGCUGGCACGGUGCACCGACGGCGGAGCUGGCGAAUGGUGCCGCGGCUGAACAGCACUGGACCCUGCAUGCAAGCUACUACCCGCCCCUGCUUCGUUCCGCCACGGUGCGCAAGUUCAUGGUGGGCUUCGAGUUGCUAUGCCAGGCGCAGCGUGAUCUGACGGCCGAACAGGCCGCCGACAGGCUUCGUGGACUCUCCGGCAAACGACACUACAGUGAGCAGCUGUGAAGCGGAGGUAUCGAUGAGUGAGCUAUCUAAUCGUGCCACGGUCAUAUCGAGCAUAUUGGGACAGACAGAGCGCUUAGAUAAGGGUUUAGUGCAGCGGGUUUCGGUGUACGUGAAUAAAGUACCUUAUCCGAUGUUUUAA